AUGAGGAGAAUGGAUGAUGGCAGAUGGAACGACAGAGUGAUUCUGAACGUUGGCGGCGUACGCCAUGAAACGUACAAGUCUACCCUCAAGAAAAUACCAGCCACGAGAUUAUCGCGUUUGACGGAAGCCCUGGUCAAUUACGACCCAGUUUUAAACGAGUACUUUUACGACCGUCAUCCGGGUGUCUUCGCCCAAGUGUUGAAUUACUAUCGCACGGGGAAGCUUCACUAUCCCACGGACGUUUGCGGACCCCUGUUCGAGGAGGAGCUCGACUUUUGGGGCUUGGACUCCAAUCAGGUGGAGCCAUGCUGUUGGAGCACUUAUAGCAUUCACAGGGACACUCAGGCGACGCUGGCAAUCCUCGAUAAGCUGGACGUGGAGGGGGAGAAGCUGAGCGAGGAGGAAAUCGCGCGGCUCUACGGCCUCGAGGAGGCGUACAACAGAGGGAUCUUGUCAAAAUGGCAGAAGCUACGGCCGAGGAUCUGGGCACUGUUCGACGAGCCGUAUUCCUCCGUCACGGCGAAAUGCAUAGGCUGCGUAUCGAUACUCUUCAUCUGCCUCUCGGUCCUCUGCUUCUGCCUCAAGAGCCACACGACGCUGAAACGUUCGCGGGACGACCAACAGUUCAGGGAACUGUUGCAGCCGGAAGCGGAUUGCCAUCACUCUUAUCCGGUACUGUUCUACCUCGAGCACGCGUGCAACGCGUGGUUCACUUUGGAAAUUACUCUUCGUUGCUUGGUGAGCCCAAGUCUGAAGAGAUUCGCGGUGUCGCCGGUGAACGCGAUCGACUUAACAGCGACUCUGAGCUUCUACACCGAGUUCCUGACAGAGUCUAGCCUGUACCUGGAGGUCCUGUCGAUAGCCAGAGUCCUGCGGCUGUUCAAGCUGACGAGGCACUCACCGGGUCUCAGGAUACUGAUCCACACCUUCAAAGCCUCCGCCAAGGAACUCGCGUUGCUUGUUUUCUUCCUCGUGCUGGGCAUAGUCGUCUUCGCCAGCCUCAUCUUCUACGCCGAACGGCUUCAAGAUAACCCGCAUAAUGACUUCGACAGUAUACCGCGUGGUCUCUGGUGGGCGUUGGUUACCAUGACGACUGUUGGCUACGGGGAUAUGACGCCAAAAACUUUCCCUGGGAUGUUCAUCGGAGGUCUAUGCGCCAUCACGGGGGUCCUGGCCAUCGCACUUCCGGUCCCCGUCAUUGUCAGUAACUUCUCCAUGUUUUACUCCCACACUCAGGCUCGUAGCAAACUGCCGAAGCAAAGACGGAGGGUGCUUCCGGCGGAAGUCCCAAGACGAUCGAGGUCGAUCUAUCAGAUUCAAAGCGACAUUCAGCGUCAACUCGUUACCAAUAACUCAACCAGACAGCUGACACCUAGACCAGCCACCAUAGGAUUCGAAAAUGUCCUGCAAUUACAGCCUAAUAUCGUUAUAAAUUUACCACGGGAGUCAGCCGCGGCGGGGACCAUAAAUUCCGACAGAACGGACGCCACUCGCCUCGCCGCCAAUAAUCCAGUGAGAAAUGGCAAAGCAGUCGAUGGGAUCGCCGACAAUGCGUUCGAAAGGGACACCAACGAAAACGGGAAUUCGUUCGUGGAAGGUUGCAAAGACCUUUCUUCCGCUUGCAUAGCUAUGCCAGAGAAUCCAGAAUCGACUCAAGGCUCGAUAAAUAGGAAUUAA